AUAGACAUAGUAGGAAGAACCACCGCCACUCAUAAAGAAAGAUAAUCAUCAAUUGUCCACGCAUGGGGUCCUCAAUCUCUGUUAGCCUUCCUACUUCCUAGAAGAUCAUAAAAGAUAAAUAUGGCAGCGGGGGUGGUGUCAACAUUCUGUGGAACGCUGUUGCCCGACAGUUCUUCCGGGAAACUUCAGCGGUCGUGGUGGUUGUGUUGGGCUCGGAAUAAUAAUAAUAAUGUAGCAGUGAGUGUGGGCAGAAGCAUGAGUAGAGAGGGGAGGGUUGGGUUGAGGAUGAGGGUGAGGUGUAGUGGUGGUGGAAUAGGGGACUUCAUAGGAGGGGACCUAGUGAAGUUGGACCUGGGGCGUUGGUUGGCAGAUGUGGAGGAGCACAAGGCGUUGGCCAUUUACACACCACACGAGGGAGGCUACGAGGGACGCUACCUCACCAGGCUGAGGUACCAAGGCUACUAUUUCCUGGAACUCUCCGCCCGUGGCCUCGGCGAUCCCGAGACCACCCUUACUAAGAUUCACCCUGUCUGCCCUGCUCACUUGGGAAAGCAACCAAUUGCGAGGUGGUAUUUCCCACCGGAGGUCGAUUACAGGCUCUCUUUGCUGCCCCCAAAUGCCAAAGGCCUCGUUCUUUGGCUCAUUGAAGCCAAGGUUUUGUCCAAAUCAGAAUUGCAGUACCUUGCCUUGCUUCCUACUCUCCGACCCAAGGUCAGGGUCAUCGCAGAAUGUGGAAACUGGAGAAAAUUCAUGUGGAAGCCACUCAAGGAAAUUGCAGGAUUGACAGCACAUGAAGCUACGACUCAAGCAUAAAUGUAUAAGAUAAAACUGUUGGAGAUUAUUGAUGUUGUCCAAACCUCACCUCUUUCCUCAAUGUAAAAUUACAUUGAAAUAUUUGAACAAUGUAAAAAAAAAUAUAUACAUAUAUAUCAUGUUUUUUUUCCUACUCUCA